AUGCAACAAAAUGGGCUACCUCGAGCUCAUAAUCCAUACGAGAACUCAUCUGAGCUCUUGGAACAUAAAACUAAUCUCUUCAAUAGUAUUAUUAGACAGAAUUGGCUAUAUGGAGUAGAUUAUGCAGAUAUUAGAGGAUUGUGCAAAGACUCUGUAACAAUAUACCAAGUUAUAGAUUUUAGAGAUAUAAGUAAGCCAAGUCACAGAUCGGAAGAUGAUUCCGAUGACGAGGAUCAAGGAGAUGACAACACAAAGACAACGUACGCACCAAAAUAUCACAAGGCUAAUCGUAUGCUUAAAAUUACACUUUUUGAUGGUGUAUCUUACCAUACAGCGUUCGAAUACGAACCUAUAGCCGCCCUGGACGUUUUUAACGUCACCGGAAACAACCAUAAUUCUGUACGUUGUUGCGGGAAAAUUGCCCUUUACAAUUCUCCAGUAUUCCGAAGAAACGCCUAUUGGUUGAAUAAAACAAACGUAAAGCUUUUAUUUGAGGGAUACAUUUGCAAAAUUCACAAUGAAGAUUCACCUGCUCAUGAAAUAUGUCACGAAUCAAACCCGGAAAUGUCUUCAGAGAAUGGCAUUAGUUCCAGGGUAAUUGAAUUAGCCAGUCAGUUUAUAGACACUGAAGAAUUUGCAAUAAGCAUGUACAAUAGUUCACUUCCAACUACAGGAUCAAGUUUAGAUUCUUCCCAAAAUACAUCUACGAACAUCAGUUUUUCAGGCUCUAAAAAGGAUGUUACUACAGCCCCUAGUCUUGAAGAUACGAGACAAACUUCUCUUAGCAUAUCUGGGCACACAUUUUCAAAUCGUACGGCCCCUCCUGUUACACCUAAUCCCAGCACCGAAUGCAUAACAAUAGAUGAUACGCCUGUUGUAUAUGAUCUUACAGGAGAAAAUGACUCACAACUUACCUACAUUCAUGCUAACAAUUUGGCAAUGGAAAGUAGGGAACCAUCAAAUAACAAAAAUUUUAAAACUUAUUUUCCAGAGGAUUCAAAAUAUCAAAAGUUCAGUUUCGUUUCAUUUUUAAAUAGACGUCCUCACGCUGCAACAGAUAACAAAUCAUUUCUUGAGUUCUCUAAAGAGAGGCUCGCAACAUUCACAAGUGGAAUUGGUAUAUCAAUAAGAAAUUUUUGCAACGUGUUGAGAGAAUCAACCGGAAUUUUGAAUAAUAAACCAGACCUUAAGCUACGAGUAGGCGACAUAACAUGUGAGUAUAAAUUUGGAUUUUUAAAUCAUUCUACGCCUUUAUAUGCAUACCCUGAAAACUCUCUAAUGAACAGAGUACUUUCUGAUCUCGUAAAUAGGGUAUUCAGGACAACGUUUGGCAGUAAAUUUUGGCUUGGAAUAUUUGACGACUGCAUUAGUUCGUUUUUUUGCAUUUUUUCCCUAGAGACAUUUAUUCCAUUUGUAACUCUACCGAGCACUAUGGACAAUUUAACUAUAUCUCAAAAACUAAACUCAAUUGAGGGGUUUUUUCUACUAGAAGAUUUUAACAUUGAAGACACAAAUAUCAUUGUAUUGCGAGGAUAUACUCCAAAUUUACCAAGUAGCACAUUCAACAGUCUUUCAAAGGUGAUAACCGAAAAUUUUAAGCACCUUCAAUAUCACAUGGAUUUUUAA